AUGGGGCAGUCAAAGGAUGUGCGAAAGUGGUCUUGUGAACAAGUAGGAUUGUGGCUACAACGAAAAGGUUUCACGGAUUAUGCAGAUUUGUUUCGUUAUGAACAUAAGAUAGAUGGUAAAGCUCUACUCGCUAUUAACCAAGAUGAUCUUAGAAAUCCUCCUCUACAAUUGAAAAUUCUGGGAGAUAUCAAACGCCUUUGGCUUGAAAUAGAUGCUCUUCAACAGCCAUACAACCGUCCCAUUUCCCGAUUGCCUAAUGGGUUUUUUAAACGCAAGAAUGUGGAUGAGAUUGAUAGCUUUCAAAGGAGUGCAAGAUAUUCGGGAUCAUGGCAAAUAGGCGAGGAUUCUGAUUUAGAGGAUAGGAUAGACUCGGUUCAUCCUUUAUCGGACCUGUCCGAAACAGGUCGGACUUUGAUCAGCCUUCUCUACGCAUUUACGGUUUUUUUCGUCACUGCCUUUGUGAUGGUUUUCGUUCAUGAUCGUGUUCCAGACAUGAAGAAAUACCCUCCAUUGCCUGAUAUAGUUCUGGACAAUGUGCCCCUGAUACCUUGGGCCUUUAAGAUGUGUGAAGUCACAGCCCUUAUUUUGGGAGUCGUUUUAGGUAUUACAUUGUUCCUCCAUAAACACAGGAUCAUUGUAGUUCGUCGUAUGGCUGCUUUGUGUGGUACAGUCUUCCUUCUUCGUUGUGUGACGAUGUUCGUUACUUCUCUCAGUGUUCCUGGAAUCCAUCUAGAAUGCUCUGGAAAGGUGAGCAGCUGUCAUCCAGUUAAUGAUAAAUAAUUAUAAUUUACAUAUAAAAUUUUGUCAGAGGCUUUUAUGUUAUACUGUAAUCUUUCAUUAUUACAACUAGAAAUAUAAUAUACAACAAAGCAGGAGGUUUUACGUGAUUGAUCCGUGUGUUGUGUUUUAUGACAGAUUUGUAUUUGUUGAAGAAAUGAAAAGGUAUAAAUUAAAAGCCAAAGUUUGACCUUGGAAGAAAAAUGGGGGGGUUGUUUUUCAGUUAAAGAAGAAAACAAAGGUUAUAUCUUAAGUACUGAAUACAAGGCAAUUUUUGAAAAUCAAUCUUUCGAGUUGGUCAACAGCUCACAAGUGAAAUACAUGUUCAUAUAAAAUGACCUUAUCAUUCAAGUCCCUCCACAACUAGCCGGUCCUGACUGAAGAGCCCUUACCAACGAAGAGCCCUUCUUCGCAACCCUUAUUUCUUAUAAUAUUGUGAUGUCGAGGUGGCCUCUCUAUAUAAACCUGGUGGUUUCUUGAGGUCUCCUCGCCUAACAACCUGCUGUAUCCUGUAAAAUUUGCUGUAAAAAAAGGGCUAAUAAAAAUGAUGAUGAUGAUAAGAGCCACUGAGCCACCAAUUUGGAAAAUAUAUACAUGUUCCUUUCAGACCUCAUGCAAUCCCUUUCUCCAUAAUAUGGACACCUCUCAAUUACACACAGUUCUCUUGGUUCCAUAGACACUAGACUUUUGACAAUCCGACUACUGUACCUUCAUAAUAUCGACACACUGUAAUGCAGACACCUUGCUCUGUCUCUGUGUAGUCCACAUUAAUGAGGUUACAGUGAAACGUUUAUCAAGCAGGCAAAUGGCUCACUUUGUUUUAACUGUUUUUUCUCUUUUUAUGUGUAAAACAAGCCUGUAUUAAGCGGACACCAGUGAAGUUUUCAUGAGUGUCCCCUUUAUCCUCUAAGUCCCAAAAGUGACCGACAUCAAUUUCUCCUUGCAAAAUUAAUUCAGUUCUUUAUCAAGAGAAUAGGUUUUAAGAAUUAUUGAUAAAAUGACUGCCAAAAGGAAAAUAUUUUGCUCUUUUGUCAAAUUCUCAUUACUAAUUCUUUAAAGAAAUGUAUGGACAUCAAUCAGUCAGGGUUAAAUACAGGUUUCACUGUUUGUACAUGUACUUGGGAGAAAACUCCCGAUAGCCGUGUAUUGUUUUAUUUUAUGAAUUUAAUUUAGUUAAUAUUAGGUUGAAAUUUUAAAAUUUGCAUUUGUUGAUAUUUGUACGUAUGCAUUGAAGUAAAUGUAUGUUUGGAACACAUUAAUCAUUAACAUGUAGGUUUAGAUGUUGCAGGUGGGAUCUUCCUGUUUUGUUCAGGCAAAGUAAUAUAAAAUUAUCUUUUUCAGUGUAUUAUAAAAUUUAAAUGUAGAUACAAGGAAAGUAAAUAUAGGAUUCUAAGAAAAUUGUUUAAACUUAAUAUAUGCUCUCCUUUAUUUACGUGUCGUAAGUGACUUUUUGUAUUAAAUAUCAGUAGUUCUUUGCUUUACCUUAACAUAAUGAGUUCUCUAUUUUUUGAGGAAUUCUUCCUCUUUAAGUUAAUUUUGCACGAAUGUCAUGUACAUGUUAUACAGGUCAAGACCAAGUUAUAUUCAGGUUAAAAUGUUUUAACCUAGGUUGAUUUUCAAUUUCCUUUGUCUCUUAGCCCUAGUAAUUAAUGAGUAAUUAGGGCUAGGAUAAAAAGGAAAUUGAGAAUCAACCUAGGUUGAAAGCUUUUAACCUAAAUUUGAUUUUGACUAAUAAUAUAUAUACAGAGUCAAACCUGUAUAUAACGGCCCUGUAUAUGGUGUUUAGUCACCCUAUAUAAUACUAGUAGUCACCGAACAACUUCCCAAAAUUUUAAGUUGCCUUAUAUUUUUUGCAAAUUUGACCUGUAUAUAGUGGUCCCCCUGUAUGUAACAGCCACCUUGCCAUUUCCCAAGGGUGGCCGUUGUACACACAUUUGAUUGUAUGUAUAAACACAUACACAAGUAGAUGUAUAAAUUGUUCCAAAGUUAAAGUGCCCAUCACCUAAAAUUUUUUAUUUUCUUAUCUGAAACUACACCUUAUCAAAAUAACUUCUGCGAAAAAAUUUUGCGAUUUGAACCAAAGACGAUUUUUUUAGAAUUUUUAAAAAACGUUCAAAUUUGCCGCCAUUUUGACACACCAUUCGUCUUAGUCUUCUCUCGGACUAUGACAUACUUUACGGAACACGUGACCCUAUCGACAGGAAAACAUUAAGAGUUCUGAUAGGUUUUUCUUUUUCAGAAAAACUUUCUUCUUACGAAGACAUUAUGAUUCAAUCCUUACUUGAAAUUUAUCUUUUUUGUGUACAGCUGGUGAAGGCAAGGUAAUGCGAGUUCCUUAAUUUAUGUCACAGGACGUCAUAUGUGAGCUUGCUAGUUUGCAUGAUCAGCGGCGCAAGUGUACCACAAAAAUGUAGAGUUCAAAAAUUGGUAAAAAAAAUCGCAUUUUGUUCAAACCGGAAAAUUUUUUCGCCGAAGUUAUUUUAAUAAGGUAUAGUUUCAGAUAAGAAAAUAAAAAAUUUUAGGUGAUGGGCACUUUAAUAGAUCAUCAUUUUUGGGUAAACAUCCUGGUAGUACAGUUGAACCCCAAUUAUCUGGGCUCGUUGGGACUUGAUUAAAUAGUCCAUAUAAUCAAGAGUCCAGAUAAUGAAAAAUAUGAAUAUUAAUGAGACAAUGUAAACAUGGGAAUAAAGAAAACAAAAUAUAAUUAAUAUUAUGAAUUUGCUCCUACUUGCAUUUAUGUACGGUCUGUAUGUAAGUUACUGUUUCAAGUGUUCAUGUUCAAAACAGAUCAAAAGAGUGAUUGAAACACGUUUGGAAGGAUAAAUGAAUUUUGAAUCGUUUCAAUUUUUUGAAGAUCACAUCUUAUUAAUGUUCAUGAAAAAAAACAGGACCAGGGAAACAAGUCCAGAUAAUCGAGGUCCGGAUAAUCAAGGUUCAACUGUACAGUGGAAGCUCUCUUACAAAAUGUAACAGACACUCUUGUAAGUGGACAGCUUUACUUACUGCCGCCUUCACAAAACCCCAUUUCAACUCCCAUACGAACUCUGUAUUUUUGAAUACCCAUUAAAGCGGCUGCAGGUAUUCUUAGGGUUUACGAGUUCUAUCUUUGCUUUAAUGUCUUUAAACAAUUCCGAAAUGAAAUCUCAUUCCACUAUUGGAUGAAAACCUGUGAAAAUGCUGUGAAAAAUAUGUGAAAUACCCUGUGACGAGAAAACACCCUGUGAAAAAACCUGUGAAUUUUGCACAGCCUAAAGUUUGAUAAAAUUUCAAAAUUUAGGACGCUGUGAAAAAACCUGUGACUAAAAUAAGCCUGUGAAAAACCCUGUGAAAAAACCUAUGAUCAAAGUUUGAGAAAAUUGCCUGAAAAACACCUCUGAAAAACCCUGUGAGAAAAACCUAUGAACAAAUUUUGAGAAAAUUGCUUAAGAAAUGCCUCUGGAAAACGAUAUGAAAAUACCUGUGAACAAAAAAUGGUUGAAAUCAAUCCUUUGAAUCUUGUAUUUUAAUAAAUCACCUUGAAAUUGCCGUUCAUCACAAUUACAUGUAAUUUAUAUCAGUUUCUAUAAUAGUUCAGUUUGUUUGUUUUUCAAAUACACAUCCGGUUAUAAUUAUAUGUACACUUGAAAAGACUACUUGAAUUUAUACCUGUGUCUAUAAACUGGUCUAUAAAUUACAAUGUUGUCAGAACAACAGCUAGCCAAACACUAACAAACAUUUUGUUACAUUCCCAUUGUUUAUUUAUAGCUGGGUAAACUCCCUUAAUCGGCCAUUUAUAAGCCCUUAACACCUUUAGUAUCCUGAUACAUGAAAGAGAACCAUUCUCUUAAGCGGCAAUAAUCUCGAGUUAUGAACACCUUUUUUGUGUCCCAAGGGUGUCAUGUAAAGUCUUGAUCAAGAGUCAAAAAAUGUAAAAAAUGUAACAUUUACAUUUUUUGCUUCUGUCAAUCACCCUAACAGACCUCUCAGGAAGCAUUGGUUUUCUUCAGGGGGUUUUAAAGACCCUGACAUCUGUAGGUGGCGAGUUGUACAUUUUGACCCACUUUGUUUUUUUUGUUUCAACGCAAUUAUGAUUGUUGGAAUUAAAAUACGUAAUCAAUGGUUAAAUUUUUUGCCUUUCAGUUUGCAUGUUAUUGAAUACACAGUAAAAAUGGUUUUGAUGUUACUUUAAAAUUAAUCACAAUUUGAUUGAUCACAAUUAUUUGAUUAAUUUUAGGAACAGAAUUUCUGAAAGGUCAAACAUCAGUUGGCAUGACAAGAUAACAAUAUUUUUAUUCCUUAUUUUUGUUCUUCUAGUUGUAUGGAGACACUUGGGCAAAGAUAGCAAGGGCAUUUGAGAUCUUGUUUGGGUUUGGACUGUCAGUGAAUGGUGUGCGGACUUGUGGGGACUACAUGUUUAGUGGCCACACGGUUUCCAUUACUCUCUUAAACUUCUUUAUCACAGAAUGUGAGUGAUGCUUUUUAUUGUAUUAAUCCAUGCAUGCUUGGUCAUUGAAGGUACAUUUUCAACCAGAUACAGUUGUAGCCUGAAACUGUUAUUCUUAUUGCCUGGGGCUGUGCCAGCAAUACUAGUCUAGAUUGUCUUUGUAUUAAGCAGGACAAAUGUCUCCAAAGCAUCUGCUUUUCACAUCCUAGAGAGAGUGCUGGUCCUUAUUACAAGCCCUUAGCAGUUCUUAAAUUAUAGACAAUAAUUAUAUUUAUUACAUAAGCUAGAAACAUGCUGCCUUAUACAUGUACAUUUACAUACAGCUGUAGGGUAAGGAUUGAAACUGAUAGCAUUCCAGGACAUCUUGCUUGAUGUCCUGACUACAGCAUCCAGUAUGCACAAUAAUACAAGAUUUGCUAGUAAACUGAAUUUUUUUUAGACCAAGAGUAUUCUCCAAUUUAGGUUUAAAACGUCUUUUAAUUUUUCUGGUUCAAAAAUCUGUGAAACUGUGCCACUUCUCUCAAAUGUCUACCAAGUUUAGGAAAGAAUGGAAUAUACCAUCUUUUAAUCAAUCAAACUUGAUCUUUAUUACCCCUAUUUUUUAUGUUUUUCCAUCACUGACGUAAUUUUGUUGAGACAAACUGAAUUAUUUUGUUAAAUAUGUAUGUGUUACGGGUUAAAGUUUUUUAAGCUAGGUUGAUUCUCUAUUUCCUUUUUCUCCUAGCCCUAUUAUUCAUGGAUUACGGCUAGGAGACAUAGGGAAUUGAGAAUCAAACUAGGAGUACAUGUACAUGUAGGUUAAUAAAAGAUUUGAACCUGGAUAUACUUUUGACCUGUAACAAAUAUGUUUCUACUAAAUGUAGUUUCUCUUGUUUUGGAAUAUACAACAGUAUUAACUUGUUUUUACAUACAUUUUGGUUUUCAGACACGCCCUCCCGUAUGUACUACCUGCACACAUGUUGCUGGGUUCUAAACAUGUUUGGAAUAUUCUUUAUUUUGGCUGCUCACGAACACUAUUCAAUUGAUGUGGUGAUUGCUUUCUACAUUUCCUCUCGUUUGUUUUUAUAUUAUCACACUCUGGCUAACACACGUGCAUUAAAAUGCAUUGACAGUAAGAGAACAAGGGUCUGGUUUCCUCUGUUUUGGUUCUUCGAGGAAAAGGUAUCUGGCAAAGUCCCCAAUGAGUAUGAGUGGCCUCUGAAAUGGCCAAGCUUUUUAUGUUCAAAAUCAAAGUGCCAAUGACAGUCCUGAAUUGACUGCAAACUCUCUGUGUUAAAUUAUAUUGCUUGAUUUCUGAAAAAUAUUAUCAAUAUACAUGUAAAUAAUAUUAUUUAUCUCAAUGUUAAUUUAUUUCACACAAUUAUUUAGAUUCAAAUUUCCACUGAAGAGUUUAAAUGGUAUCACAUCAAACUCUAUUUCACUCCCCCACCAACGCAGCAUCAGGGUGCCCAGCAUAAAAUUUUAAUUUUUGGUGUGAGAACUAAGAUUACCAGGUAGCCCAACGGUGAGGGCAAAAGUCAGCAUUAGUUGGGGGAAUGGCAUGUGGCACGACUUGCCCAAUGAUGAAAUUAUAAUGUAAUAAAUGUCCCGAAGAAAUGUUAACAAUACGUGCCUCUUAAUUUGCUGAUUGAGCAUACAGCUGUACAUCGAACUAUGCCAUUCCACAAGUCGUGAAACAUGUUAUACCACAAUUAACUCAUUCAUCUUUUUACCCUCAGGGUUACCCUGGUUUUUUUUCUCUAUUUACAGUGUACAUUUAGUUCUUUAUAUUUGGCACAGUUCUGGCUGUUUUCACUCUCCUGAUACAUUAUCCAUCUCUGAAGGAUUUUCAGCAUGUCUUAAUCUGAUUUUGUAGCAGUGUUCAUUUUAGACAUCAAAUAAUCCAUCUGACUUUGUCUAUUUAUCCAUUUAAUUAGAUUGAUUUUGAGACAGUUUUCCAUUUCAAGUGUGAAAAUGACAUCAUCAUCAUUCAACCUGGAACACUGCUUUAUUAUUCUGGUUCUUAGUUUCCUCACAAUAAUACACUGUAGCUCAAUAGAGAAGUGUGACAUCAAAUUCAAAUUUGUGAAAUUGUGGUAUUGGUUAGCAUAUUCAGAAAGAACAAGAUGAAAAAAAAACCUAAAUGCCAAAAAUCAGCCUGUCAGUGCUAAUUGGUAAAGAGUCAGUGGGUAGAUAUAAGCACCAGUUUUCUCUGAUAACUUGAUACAAAUUCAUCUAUAAUUGGCUUGCAUAAUGUUGCUCAUAUCUGAUCUGACCAACUUGUACCAACAAGCAGAUUUUUGGUAAGUGAAAAUUUUUCAUCUUGUUCUUUCUGGAUAUGCCGACCAAUCCCAUAAUUUCACAAAUUUUGUAGUAUUUGUGACAUCAUCACUUCUAUUCUCUAUUUGGACAUUUAGAAGUUAAUUUUUAAUUUUGGUUAUUCCGAAAAGCAUUUGGUGUGAACUGUUUAAGCUGAUUCAUACUUUGUUUUCACCUUCGAACCUUUUGAAAGAAAAAAUAGUGCUUUUAAGGGUCAUUCUAUUCUUUUGAAUAUUCGAAUGUUGUCCUUGAUUUUUCAUUUAGGGCUGUGUUGGGAGUAAAAGAGUAUUAUGAACUCCCAUAAACAUUUAUCAAGAAAUUCCCUAAAAUGUUAUCAAUAGAGCUACGAAAUUUCUUGCUAAUGUUAUGGGGUUUUUUGCCAAGUAUUAUUUUCAGUAUAAUUGCAAUAUUGAAUUGAUGCUCAUUGUUUAUUGUAUCUUAGGCGGAUUUUAUUUUAUUAAUUUAUAAAAUCGAAGAUAAUAUAUGGU